GUCAGCGUUGGAGGAGGUUGCAAGUGACAAAGUGUUCUGCCGCGAGUGGAAGCAGUUCGUCUCGAUACACAUCGCAUCUUUGCCAUUUCUCUCUCCUCAUGGCAACAGAAGAUAAACGAAUAGCGGUGUCCCAGGCAACAUCAGAAACCACAUCGCUCCCUGCUAACCCAAACAAUAAUAACAACAACAAUAACAACAACAAAGACAGCGAAGGGACCGACAGUACGACUACCGCUUCGUCCACGACAGAGACCAGCGGCGCUGAAACGCAAACCAUCGGCAACGGGUCAGGAAUCAACACUGCGAGCGCAAACAAUGGCAAAUGGGUUCGGCUUAAUGUUGGCGGCACAGUUUUCCUCACAACACGACAGACACUGCUCAAAGAACAGACCUCCUUCCUCUAUCGCCUGUGCCAACAGCAAGACUUGCAUUCUGACACGGAUGAGACGGGCGCGUAUGUGAUCGACCGCGACCCCACCUACUUCGGGCCCAUCCUGAACUACCUGCGACAUGGCAAGCUGGUCUACAACAAGGAGCUGGCCGAGGAAGGUGUUUUGGAGGAGGCCGAGUUCUACAACAUCACGCCGCUCAUCAAACUCAUAAAGGAGCGCAUUCUGGAGCGGGACAGUAAGACGACCCAGCAAGUGCCUCCCAAACACGUGUACCGCGUGCUGCAGUGUCAGGAGGAGGAGCUGACGCAGAUGGUCUCCACCAUGUCCGAUGGCUGGAAGUUUGAGCAGAUGGUGAACAUCGGCUCAUCGUACAGCUACGGGACAGAGGACCAGGCUGAGUUCCUUUGUGUCGUGUCCAAAGAGCUGCACACACCUGGUGGAGGCCUGGGGACAGAGCAAAGCCACAAGACUAAGCCUUCGGAGGUCCAGGAGGAGGACCCUGCGAGAGAGGAGGAGCAGGAGGAGCAGGAAGGGGAGAGAAAUGACCCACGCAAUGAGUGGAUUAGGGACUAGCUGACCACUGUAGAGCGACUCGCGCUUCCCCACACAAUGGCGGAUGGCUUUUUCAGAUCCACGGAUCCAGGAUGUAGGAGGACAGAGAUUUUAUUAUUUGUUUCUUUUUUUUUUUUUACUUUUAUUCUGUUGGUGUGCUGAGGUUUCAUAGCUCUAGUAAUGUCUUUCUGCCGUAGCUGUGUUUUUCUCUUAUGCUUUUAUUUCAUACAAACAUCAGUCAAAAAACAAUCAAUAUGAAGACCUGUGUGAAGACUUAGUAAACAUUCUUGUCCACUACAAAGAUUUUAGAAAUAGGAAUCGAAAAGGAAGUCAUGACACUAAAAUUGGUGCGUUUUUAAACAGCUUGCAGAAGGGAGCUUUUUUGCGAGUCAAACACAAGAGGCAAACACAUCUUAGUAACAUGUAUUCAACCAAAGAGCAAUGACUCCCCAUCCUGAUAGGCAGCUAACGCUGUGGCAGGCGAGAGAAAGCCAGAGAGAUUCCCCAUCAGCUCAGACUCAGCUUGUCCUGACAGACACACAGAUGUCCUGUGCAACAUUAUGAGCUGAAGCUCACCGGCUUUUGAGAUCCACUCAAGCACAAAUGGCCCUUCACGUUUUUGGAUCUCGGCACAACAUAAGUAUUUCAGUCUGAACGUGAGUCCCUGUAGUGCUUUGAUAUUCAAAUGUGUGCUCAGUGUAUGUAAGGUGUAUGUACAUAAGCUUUAUGACAGAAUGUGUGGCACCCGCCCUGGAUGCCUGUCAAUGUGUGCAUUGAUGGAAGUCCUGGAUAAACACCCCUUUGUUUAGCAGAUGCGACGUUGGCUCCUGUAGUUCCUCUUUAGGAAGGCUAGAGUCACUAGCCUGCCGUUAGGGAGCAUGACUGUGCUCUACUGGGUAAAUGCUCAGGUACUCACACUGGCUUGGGGAGAAUGUCUCCCUCCACGUGCCAUCAGAGAGGCUUUAAGGCUGCACACUGGGAGAGUCCACACCUGGUCAGAUAGUGGGUCUCCCAUCCUCUACACUCUUCUUUAAUGUGGUGUCGUCGUGUGGCACAGUUUAGAGUGGGUUUAUGAACUGGAUGUCAAAGCUAGUAAUAGCCUCAUUAUUUAUCUCUUUUUGUUUGGCAUGUACUGUAUCAUAUUUUUGUUUUUGUUGAUUUCGAUGCUUCCAGAACUGUGGACAUCUCUCGUACUCAUCCGCUAUAUUUAUCAAAAUGUUUUCCCAGAUGUCUCAAGGGCUCAUAGCUACAGAAAUCAGUGCUCGUUUGUACAAAACAUUUUGUCUGAAUCUUCUAAAAAAUUCUUCCCACUCUCGAGGAAAUGACGUCUGUAGGGAUCAUUUAGCGCAUCAAUCAGGCCCGGUCCACCUGCACGCUUGGCGGGGGUGCUCUGGUGUGUCGUGGGCCAUUAGCACCCUGUGAGCCCCGAGGCUCCCGACUGAUGGUACAGGCAGCUGUCUGUGCACCGCCAUGCCAAAGUGCCGGCGGCCCCCCAUCACUCAAGCCCCGUCAUGCUGGCGUUCAGAGGCGUAGUCACUAGUCAGGCUUGUAGAUUUCCGUGUUUGACGGGAGCUCAGGAUAUAAUGAUAGACUCCUGUGAGUAUGUGUGGCAGGGUUUUUUUUUUAUACUGUUGUUGCCAUUGUUUUUGUGGUUUGUUAUUCCUCAUUUUGGUUGUAUUUACAGUUUUUUUGUUUUGUCUGAGAAAUCUGUAUUUUUCGAGACUAGUCUUUCAUCUCGAUUCAGUGUGUUUGUGUGUGUAUGUGUGUGUGUGUGUGUACACACUGUAUGAAUGGCUGUGUCCUCUCUCUCCCCCACCAUUCCGAAUGCUGCGAGACACUGGCAAUAAUUCAUUUGUCAGCCAAGCACACCAGUGGGCCGAUCAAUUCACAUUACGCUCCUGCGAGUGGUGAAUCCAUCACCGGCCCAGGCCAAUUUAAAUCACAACAGACAGACGUCUGGUCCAGCCUGAGGCCAGUGGUGAAGAGGGGUGGACGCUCGAGGUCAUUUAAGGGAAACCGAAGGAGCUCUAUCAAGGAGCCAGUGGUGGUAGGCCGCGAAAAAAGUACCAUUGAAAUUAUAGGUGGCCUCAAUUUGAACGAUGAGCAAAGUGCAAAGUAUUUUAAAAGCUAAUUUAAUAAAUAGGCCAAAUCAAUCUGAUAAAUUAACACCAUGGGGUAGAAAUUAAAACGCAAACAUUAAUUAGUCAGCUCAGUGUUCCCACAUACCACACAAUACCUACAGAUCAUGAACAGUAACUUUGCUUGUUGAUAGACUUUUUUUGUCCGCCAUUCAAAUUAGGCUCCAGGGUCUCGUAGGGUGUUUAUGCUAUGUUGUUUUUGUUUUUAAUAUUUGUUGCAAGUUGGCUAACUGGCAAAAACCUCUUUAUUACUGGGUGUGUAUAUUUUCAAGUUCACAACAACAUAAAGGUUUGCAUUUUGCACAAUUUUGAUAGUAGGUAGUGUUCAUGAUAAUGACACACAUUGGGAUGGUUUUUGUUGUUUUCUUUUGAACAUAGUCCAUUUGUCAUUGAUGAUCAUCUUUCACAUAAGCUUGGCUUUGUGUUUAUGUAAUAACCUCCGUGAGAGUGUCCAAGCCGCUGGCUGAACGACCCAGAGGCUGGGUUUAUUUCCGCACAGACCACACGGUGCCAUCUGUGGUGAGCCGGAAGGAGCUCCUGCCUCCUCUGUUCCAGCGUUCAGUGGGAAAGCGCAUCGACUGGCCAUUAUUUCAGUCGGAUUGGCUUAAAAUUGUGAUUUACUGAGGGAGGGGGUGCCUAAUGGGCUGCUGUGUACAUGGAGGUUAGAAGAACUACUGGAAGCACUAGUCCUUCUCAACCCGGCAGGAGACUGCUGCGCUGUUGCCUAUGGCAGAUGCAGGAGUGCACAGACAGGUUCUCAGGAAAGUUAAUUCAAGCACAGCACCUCAAAACAAUUCUACAUGUAGGCCUAAGCCAGGGGAGAGGGUGAAAGAGAGAAACAUUGAGAAGUUAGUACAUCUCUAUGACUUAGCUGCAAAUUUGCGUCAACUGUUCGCUGGAAACCUGACAUUUCUGUAAGGGAUGUGGGGUACAAAUGGCAGAGGGUCAUACAUCUAGGUGGUGAUAUAGCAAUGGGUGUAGGGAUACCGUUUUAAAAGUAGUCAUCUUUUGCCUUGAUGUUUUUUUAUUAUUUGUUUUCAUUGUUUCUUUUUCAUUUUACAACUGAUCUCUGUGUUUCUAUGAAUGCUGCUUAUAGCAUGGUGAAAGAAACACUGUUCAUUAAAUGUAUUUUUUUUACAGUUCUUGAUCAUAUUUUUUAUGUUUUCUGUUGCAAAUGGGUUGUGUUUUGUUAUAUUUUGUAUGCUUUCAUUAAUUGAAAAGUAGCCCAUUUAUGUUCUUCAGCAUCAUUCAGUAUUUAAGUUGAAUGGAGAUGUUUAAUGAAAAUAUGUGAAUUUGAUAAAGCAGCAGUCUUUAUCAUCUGUCUUUGACCCAAAACAAUUCUAGAGCACUCUACAGCAUCUCAGACCUCUAGAAGGCCUCAUAAACCCAACAAGCAAAUUCUCCGCUGGACCUUGGGGAUCUAGUGUAUUGUCUGUGUGUGAGUGUAUGUGGUAGCAUUUAUAAUCUGCAUGAAUGAUUUUACAUUCCUACGUUAUUUAUACAUUGCUGUAUCAUAUGGUUUCCGCUUACGUACCAUUGAACUGUUAAGGUCCUCAAGAGAUUUUCGUUCAUUACCAUCAGACAAUCGGUUUAGUUUUGCAGUUUCACUAAAUAUGUAAGAUAAAGAUACUUCAAACUGUAUAUACUGUAGACAUCAGCAGCAUUGUGCUUUGUCAUACUGUACUUCACCAAACCUAUCAACAGUAUAACUGGAACAUUCAAUAUGUAAUUGGUCUGCAUUACAAGUUUAGCAAUAUUUCUUCAGACUUUGUUUUACAUGCUAAAGAGGUGUGAACCAGUACCAUCAGUACCCUAACAUGCUGAGCAGAGGGGCGUGACCUUGUAUACUGGUGGUCUAGUCAUGUAAAUACCAAUUGAGUAGAAUUACAAUAAAGGUUUCUUUUCCAAUA